ACUGUGUCCUUUUUGGCCUUCUUUGUGUGUAAAAUGUACCGCAAGUUCAAGCAACAGUCCCAUCAGUCGUUAUUGGACCCACCUCUGGACCUGUUUGACCAAGGCGAGGACGAUGUGAGGUCAAGUGACUUGGAUCACUCGUUUGAGGACAAAAAGGACCUCUGAAAAUGAUUUGCGAUAAUACUCUUGUUGUUGAACUAUUGUCAGUUUCAUGCCAAAGACCCUUGUAGUUAGUAGUACUUGAGUGUUGUACUUGUAAUAAACAUAGCCAAAGACUAAUAAGAA